AUGGCUACCACCAAGCGCUUUCCCACGCUCGUGCAGCUGGAGCAGCGGGGCGGGGCGCCAUUCCAGGUGCUGGGUGACCACGCCAAGCAGUCCUACUGGUUCCACACGGAGUACCUCAAGAGCCCGAAGACGACCCUGCUUCGCAUUAACCAGUGGGACCCCGAAGGCGAGGCUGAGAUCCUGAUCUUUGGCCGGCCUUCUUACCAAAAGGAUGUGUCCAAGAUGAUCAUGAACUUGGCUCACUAUCACCGCCAACUCCGGGCACAAGGCUCGCUGAAGAACGCUGCCGAGCAGGCCGAGCCACGGAAUUUCUCCGCUGCAGUCCGGGUGGCUGCGCUCCAGGCCUCCCCCGACAAAGUCCGAGUGGCCAAGAGCCAGCGGUCCUCUGACGCUGUCCAAGAGAAGGCGACCCAGCGGUCCCCCGACCCUGUUCAAGAGAAGACGACCCAGCGGCCCCCCGACUCUGUCCAAGAGAAGGGGACCCAGCGGUCCCCCGACGCUGUCCGGGAGAAGGCGACCCAGUGGUCCCCCGACGCUGUCCGGGAGAAGGCGACCCAGCGGUCCCCCGAUGCUGUUCAAGAGAAGGGGACCCAGCGGUCCCCCGUCUGGGAGGCGGCGACCCAGCUGUUCCCCAACACAGUCUAG